AUGUCCGCCAGACCAGAACUUGAUUUUAAAAAUAUCAGCCAAUUUACUAAAAAUGCCCCUGAUGAACAGCAACAAGCACUUUGGAAAGAAGUAGCCGAUAAGUUAAUGGAAGAAUUAGAAAAAGACCAAGAUGCUCCUC